UCACCCGAGGUCAUCGUCAGAUCGUGGCGUGACUUCCUUAUUACCUGCUUAACUUGUGAACUCUAAACUCGGUAUUUGAGGCUUAGGGAUAUUACUUCCGGAAAGAGGUCAAGUUUGACUUCCGCCGGCAAGCACCUGGUGCAUAGACAACAAAUCGAGAUCCAGUGUGCAGCUGACACAGCACAAACUUUUUGCUGACACUGAUUUUUGCAGCCGCCCAGAAGAUAUAUAAAUGUGCUGAUAACUGAGACAUAUAUUUUUUGAGCUCUUGGAUUGUGGAGAAUAUAGUUUUGGAGAUUUACAAGUUUUGAAAGUUGCAGCAAUUUAGCAUACAACUUGCCGGUCACACAAAUUGAUUUGUAAUAAGUCUGUGUCUAGAAUCUCUGUACAAUGUCUGCCAAGGCAAUUUACGAAGCCAAGGGUAAGGAAAUCUUGAACAAGUUUCUUGGUCACCAUGCGGUCAAGAAUCGCUACGCCACAGUGACAGUGGACACAAACUGGGACCAACUGGUGAUAGAUCACCCCUGGCUGUCUACAGAGAAACUGAUAGUAAAGCCAGACCAGCUUAUCAAAAGAAGAGGCAAACUUGGGCUGAUCAAAGUGAACACAGAUUUGCAAGGAGUGAAGGACUGGCUGGCCAACAAGAUUGGAAAAGACUUUCAGAUUGGCAAAGCUGUAGGCAAACUGAAGAACUUCAUAGUGGAACCCUUUGUACCUCAUGAGCAGAAUGAAGAGUUCUAUGUCUGUAUCUACUCUCAUCGUAGUGCCGACACUGUGCUGUUCCAUCACGAGGGAGGUGUGGAUAUUGGCAACGUGGAUGACAAGGCAGUCAAAGUGGAUGUUUCUGUUGGAGAAAACUUAACAGAACAAGACAUCAAGGACAAAUUACUGACAAAGGUUCCUGCUGACAAACAAGAGAUUCUGAGCCAGUUUAUUGCUGCCCUGUACAAAAUAUAUGUGGAUCUCUAUUUUACUUAUCUAGAAAUCAACCCACUAGUGGUCACAAAAGGUGUUGUCCAUGUGCUGGACUUGGCGGCCAAACUUGACCAGUGUGGGGAGUAUCUGUGUAAACAACAGUGGGGAGAGGUGGACUUCCCGCCCCCGUUUGGACGAGAUGCUUAUCCAGAGGAGGCAGCAAUAGCAGAUCUGGAUGCCAAGACAGGAGCCUCUCUGAAGCUGACAGUGCUCAACAAAAGUGGGCGUAUCUGGACCAUGGUGGCAGGGGGCGGGGCUUCUGUCAUUUAUGCAGAUACCAUCUGUGACCUAGGUGGCGCCAGUGAGCUGGCUAAUUAUGGAGAGUACUCUGGGGCACCCAAUGAGCAGCAGACGCACGAGUACGCCAAGACAGUCCUGUCCCUGAUGACACAGGAAAAACAUCCAGAUGGAAAGAUCUUGAUCAUUGGUGGUGGUAUAGCAAACUUUACCAAUGUGGCAACUACAUUCAAGGGCAUCGUGAAAGCACUGAGAGAGUACCAGCAGCAGCUCAUAGAACACAACGUAAAGAUUUACGUCAGGCGAGCAGGUCCUAACUACCAGGAAGGAUUGAGGGUAAUGAGGGAACUGGGCGAGACCCUGGGUGUUCCUAUCCACGUGUUUGGUCCUGAGACCCACAUGACAGCUAUUGUUGGUAUGGCACUAGGUACCAGAGAGGUCCCCAGACCACAACCCAAACAGUUGACCACUGCUAACUUCUUGCUGCCUGGAGGGGGCUUGGGAAAUAAGAGGGCAGCACCACAGUCUCCCUCAGUGAGUCGUAAAGGUUCAGAUGCAGAACUCCACAAACCUGGCAGCAAAGGGAGCGACAACAACACUUCCAUGGAGGCCCAGCUUUCUUCCAAUAAGGAAAUCUCUCACGAACCUCUGUUCACUCGUACAACGAAGGCGAUCAUCUGGGGAAUGCAGAAUCGCGCAGUGCAGGGAAUGCUGGACUAUGAUUUUGUGUGCUCGCGGAAAGAGCCCUCUGUUGUAGCACAGGUGUAUCCAUUUGUGGGAGAUCACAAGCAGAAGUUCUACUUUGGUCACAAGGAGGUGCUUAUACCAGUAUACAAGAACAUGGCAGAUGCUAUGAAGAAGCACCCAGAUGCAGAUGUACUGGUCAGCUUUGCCUCUCUGCGGUCAGCAUAUGAUAGCACCAUAGAAACUAUGCAGUAUCCUCAGAUCCGCACCAUAGCCAUCAUAGCUGAAGGCAUCCCAGAGAACCUGACUAGGAAAAUUAACAAGAUGGCCAGAGAGAAGGGAGUGACCAUCAUAGGCCCGGCCACUGUUGGUGGGAUCAAACCAGGCUGCUUCAAGAUAGGGAACACUGGUGGUAUGCUGGACAACAUCCUGGCCUCCAAACUCUACAGACCCGGCAGCAUUGCCUAUGUCUCCAGAUCUGGCGGAAUGUCCAACGAGCUGAACAACAUCAUCUCUCUCAACACUGAUGGAGUUUGUGAAGGAGUCGCCAUAGGAGGAGACAGGUACCCAGGCACCACCUUCAUGGAUCAUAUAUUCCGUUACCAAGCUGACCCCAAUGUCAAGGUCAUUGUGGUCCUGGGCGAGGUUGGAGGGACGGAGGAGUACAAUAUCAUACAGGCCGUGAAGGACAAAAAGAUCACCAAACCAAUCGUGGCCUGGUGCAUUGGGACUUGUGCUUCAAUGUUUACAUCUGAGGUUCAAUUCGGCCACGCUGGCUCCAGUGCCCAUGGAGACAGAGAGACGGCCACAGCCAAGAACAAAGCCCUGAGUGAAGCUGGGGUGAAUGUGCCCAAGAGCUUUGAUGAACUGGAUAAAAUGAUCAAGACAGUAUAUGAUAACCUAGUGGAGCAGGGAGACAUAGUGCCUGCACCUGAAGUACCACCACCCACUGUACCUAUGGACUACGCCUGGGCCAGGGAACUUGGCCUGAUCAGAAAACCAGCGUCUUUCAUGACAUCCAUCUGUGAUGAGCGCGGGCAGGAACUGUUGUAUGCUGGGAUGCCCAUCACGGACAUCUUUAAGGAGGACAUUGGGAUAGGUGGUGUGCUCAGUCUACUCUGGUUCCAGAGGAGACUUCCCAAGUACGCCUGUAAAUUUCUAGAGAUGUGUCUGAUGGUCACUGCUGACCACGGUCCAGCCGUGUCUGGAGCCCACAACACCAUUGUCUGUGCUAGAGCUGGCAAAGAUCUGGUCUCCUGCCUCACCUCUGGUCUGCUGACCAUUGGAGACAGGUUUGGCGGGGCGCUGGACGGAGCAGCCAAGCAGUUCACAGAGGCAUUUGACGCCGGCAUGAUUCCCAUGGAGUUUGUGAACACCAUGAGGAAGAAAGGACAGCUUAUCAUGGGGAUAGGGCACCGAGUUAAAUCUAUCAACAAUCCUGACAUGAGAGUUGUGAUAUUAAAGAAGUUUGUGAAGGAAACAUUCCCAUCUACUCCCCUCCUGGACUAUGCCAUAGAAGUUGAGAAAAUCACCACAUCCAAGAAACCCAACUUAAUCCUGAAUGUGGAUGGUUUUAUCGGAGUCGCCAUGACGGACAUGCUGAGGUCAUGUGACUGCUUCACCAGAGAAGAGGCACAGGAGUACAUCGAUAUUGGAGCACUAAACGGGCUCUUUGUGUUGGGAAGAAGUAUAGGAUUUAUUGGUCACUUUUUGGAUCAAAAACGUCUCAAACAAGGUCUGUACCGUCACCCAUGGGACGACAUCACCUAUGUAAUGCCCGAGGAUGUGCAGUAAGAAGAACUGUCAUUGGACAAUUGUUACAAUGGCCACCAAUGGCUGAUUACAACAAAGACUGCCAUUGGAUGAACUGUGAAUUGUUGGUACAAAUUAAAUAAAUACAAAGAACAACAACUGCAUCCCAGAUGUAUAGUUAAGUUACUAUAGCAAUCAAUAAUAUAUUUAUGUCAAGAUGUAUAGAUUAUCAUUAUAUGAAUGAUAACAGAUUAUCAUUAUAUGAAUGGGUGGAUUGCUCGAAGUAAAUGGUAAAAUUUAUUAUGUGUGUAUGGAAAAGGUUAUUAAUAUUAUAAUAUGUAGAUCUACAUGGGUUUGAACAGUAUUUAGAAUGUAAGCUAUAGUAGUAUGUAAGAGCAUAAGUAUAGUAUAUAAUACAUAAAGCAGAUAAUACCGAAGCUGGUAAAAAGAUUUGUAUAUAAUAUAUAGUACUCUUAGAAUAUGAGCUUUAGAGGUGCAGGUAACAAAUAUCAUUUACUACACACAGGACUUUGUUCAACAUAUGGACAUAGUAAAGUUUUACAUUAUACUGGUAUUUAUGUCCAUGCUUAAAGAUAAUUGUGCACUCUAAACGGAUAAUAUUUAUUUUUAGUUUUCAUUAUCAAGAUGUUCCUAUAUGUCUGACUUGUAGAUAGAUAUUUAAUGAUGUUGGUACUAAGGGUCUGGUUGCACAUCCGUAUCUAACUUAUUCCUAUUUUUCAAGUGCCAUUUUCAGUAUCGUUUCCAAUUUCAAUGUUGUGGGCCUAUUGUCUUACAAUUAUGAAAAAGAUGUUACCUUUUUUGUUAUCCUUUCUCUAUGUUAUUCACUAUAGUUUGUGGAAAAUUCCCCACUCUGAGUCUCAGAGGUCCUUGGCAACAGUUUAAAAAUUUGUGGAAAUUAUGCCCAGAGUUUCGAUGUCCUGGAUACUGACCUCACUACUGUUGCCAUGGAGACAGCAGUGUAGUAAUGUUUGUCAUGGAGGCAUAUUACCAAGAACCUCCGAAACCCAGGGUGAGAAAAUUGUGGCCAAGAAAACAAGUCAUUAAAAAGGACCUUAGGGAUUUAUGGUCGACAUUAUUUUGUUUUUUUAUGAAAUCCGUAUCAAACAAUCUUUGAUUCCAGUCUUAUUUGUGUCUGUGUAUAGUUAUAUGGUACAUGUAUAAUAAUGUGUGCUCUGAUGUGUAGCUACUAUAGUAAAUAAUAUAGUAACAUAGAAUAUUAGAUAGAGUCUAAUGUGGGUGAUAUUUUCUAGGAUUGCUUUUGAUAACAAAAUGAAAGUGUAUAGCAUAAUGGUUGUGGCUACAUAUCUUUAAUUCAUUACAUGUAUUGAAAUAAUCCAAA